AUGGCAGAUUUGCGUCAAUACACCCAUGUUGAUUUGGUUAGUUAGAAAAUACCUGUUUCCUUUAAAAUCCCUAAAAUUUUAGGAAAUCCGUGAUCGAAUGCUUUAUCGUAUUCAGGUUUUAUUGGCGCAUUAUCAAACUGUCUGCACUCAAAUUCCAGCAAAUAUUUACAGUUUGUUUUUGAAUUGUAUCCAGCGUUUCAUGAAAGAUAUUGAAGAAAUUGGAACGAGCCAAAGAUUACGUGUAAGUUUUUUGGGCUUUUUUUUUCGAAAAGAAAUACAAAAAGACAGAUUUUGAUUGUCUAUGUUUUGUUUUGUGGUUUGAUAGAUAGUGUAAUGCACAUUUCUUUUCCUUCAAUUUUUAGUUUUUUUUAUUUAUAUUUGAAAAUCUAACUUUUUCAUACAAGAAGUAUGCUCCAAAAAGAAGGGGAUCUAUGAAUCAUAUUUAUUUUUCCCUAUUUUCUCAUAAAAAUCAACAAUAUUAUGAAAUAUUUUCGAAUUUUUCCUCAUUUUUGGUGUAUGUGGAACUUGGGGCCUAAUUUUUUUUUCCGAAUUGAAACUCAUUAUUCAGGAAUUUGCUCCAUCGAUUCAUAAUGGCCUCGACGAAAUUGAGAGAAUUCUCUGCUUUCACAUUUCUCAAAGAGUCCAGGAAAUCAACACCGCUUCAAGGCCCAACAUCUAA